GCGCAGGUGGUGGCGUGCAUGGUGCUGGCCAGGGGCCCCGGCGGCCUCCACGGCCGAGGCGGCGGGCCCUCGUGCGGCUCCCGACGCAGCCUGGCGGCGCGCACCAGGGGGCGCCCCGCGCCUCGAAGCGCCCCGAGGCUUCGAGGCUCGAGGUUCUUCGGGGCUCCGGGGCGUUUCUUCCGGUGGCUCUCGGCGGCGCUCCGGCCUCGGGGUGGGUGCCUUCCGCCCUGGCAUCGCUCGGACGUGUGCAUGUUUUCCCUUCGGCGAGGGCCCUCGAGGAGCAUCCUUGGAGCCUUGGGGCGACGAAGCCGCGCACGACGCCGAGCGAAAAGCGCAGGGAACGGACGUCCGAGGCGGUGGCGCCUUCCAGCGGCGGAGCGCCUCGCCGAGGCCUUCUCCCGGGGCUGCUCGCGCCUCGUGCGGCACGGCCGCCGGAGGGGCCCGAGGCGGGGCCCGCGGAGACCGCCAGCCGGGGACCGGCUCGGGGGGGCGGCCUUCCGAGAGGACGGGGCUUCCCGGGAGCAGGGGACCGCGAUGCUC